AUGGAGGAGAGAGAGCGCUUGUGGAUAGGGGUGUCCCCAAGGAAACCGAAAACCCCUUCUUCCCCAUUCUCCAUCUUUGCGGCAAACCUCACAUACGACACCACUUCUAAGGAUCUCAAACAUAUAUUCGGUCGAUUUGGGAAGCUUGCAGAUGUCUUUAUUCCUUGGAACAGGAACCUCAAUAGAUCCAGGGGUUUUUUUUUCAUCCGGUUCGUUUACGAAAAGGAAGCCUUUAACGCAAUCCAAUGCCUACACAAUAGGCGGAUCGAUGGCAGGGUAGUUUCCAUCGCCUGGGCGAAGCAUAAAAAAGGCUCUUGGCCAUCAACGCAAUCUACGCCCCCGGCCCCUCAAGUCGAUCCAAACAGGGCCCAACCCUAUUUGGGAAAAACCCUUCAGCAUCCCAUAUCUGGUAAAGACCCUUCACCACCUUCAAGCAAAUCUUCAGCGUCAGAGAAGCUCAACCAGUUCAAGAUUGGUACUGAUAACAGAGUCGUCAAAAAUCUGUUGGUAACUCUAUCCUUUGCUCUAAUAGCAACUGCUGAGAAUGAUUCUGUUUCCAUCCUUUAA